AGGUUUGUCAGUCAGGGGUCAAAGUCUACGUGGUGAGGAGUGGAAUCAUUCUGAUUGUGCACCUAUCACCAUGGUGGACCUACGUAGUGGGAAUAGCACUAGUCCCUACACCCCUGAGCAGCAAGAAAAGAUGGCCGCCUUAGUUAAAGAGAAUAGAGAGAGAAAGGAGCGCGAGAAGCAAGCUAAGUUGAAGGAUAUCGCAGAGGAACAGGCGGCGAAGAUGAACGAAUUGGAGGAGGAGAUGGAGAAAAGGACGAAGGCUGCUGAAGAAGAAGCGGUAGCAGAAGAAGAGAAAGAGAGGAUGAGAAUUGAGAGUAGAGAAGGGAGUAGUGGCACGAAGGAGGAUAAAGAUGCAGAGAUGGAGAAAAAAAUAAAUGUAUGUGCCACUGGAAGGAUGUAUGUGCCACUGGAAGAGAAAGAGGCGUUUGCCAGGGCCCUCGCAGUGAUUGAGGACCCCCUUGAACGUCAAGAAGCCGAGGAGGAGAAGAGACUGGAAUGGAAGUUGAGGAUGAAGAGGGAGAAGAAGAGAAGGGAGGAAGCUAACCGGUUGACCGAAGAAGUGGAAAAGGUGCGGACGUGUAGACAGGAAGUCCAAGCACAGACAGACGUUUCUGCCAAAAUGGACAAGAUGUUGGGAUACUUAGAGGUGUUGAGUGAGGCCUGGUUAGAGGAACGACAAGCCAAUCAGGGCCAAGACAUCACCCUGAAGGCCAUGCGGUCAGGGUUUAGAGAGUUUGCGCGCGAGAUCGUCACCCACAUUGGGGGCAAAGUCAGGCAACUGAGGGAUAACGUAGGGAAGUAUUGCGAGGGCGCCAUUGAGGGUGCCAAAGCCAUAGCCGCAGUAGAGGGCGAGGCCAGACCUCGCAAGGACCYAGUUAAGCUCGAAUUCCCAGAUGCCUAUGGACGGAAGAAGGAGGAGAACUUCGACAACUGGGAAGCCAGCGUCAAUAGCUAUAUUUACCUACAGCACAUCCUGACAGAUGAGCAAGUCCUUGUAGCGUUUCAGGCCCUGAAGGAUGAGGCGGCUAGUUUUGCGAGGUCCCUUGCGCGCGCAGCCGGUUGUGAAAACAACCUGGUUGCAUAUUCCAAAGUCACCCCCCUCCCUCAAUUCCUCAAGCUCCUGAAGGAGCGGUUUGCCGACCCAACGAGAGGCAUUCGUGCCUCUGACAAGUUACAAACAAUCCACUCACGACAGUGGAGGAGUGCAAGGGCACUCAAGGGCGUUAUGGACGACCUGGUGGCCGUCCCAGACCAUGGGGUCACUGAGACCCAGUUGGUCCAGUUGUUUUAUCGUGCCAUGCAUGAGCCCCUGAGGGGGCAUUUCUUUGAUAAAUCUCAACAGGCCGGCAUCACUUAUGAUGCAUUGAGUAGAGAAGUCGUCCUGUAUGAGUCAAGGUCUAUGCCAGUCACCACCUUCUGGCAUCAAGACCUGGAGAAGGGGAAGAAGAAGGAUCGCACCAUCUCAGGCCAAGUAAAGGCCAAGGAUCAUCUGAUCCUAACGUUGGAGGAAGGUGGUACGGAUGAGGUCCCAUAUGAGCAGAUUGAGUGGGGCCUUGAAGAGGAGGACAGUAGCUUGGGACAGGGGAGGUCUUAUGCUGCUGUCGCGGCUGGAGGGAAGCCGCAAGGUAGAGGAGGAGGCCAGGGCCAAAGGGGCCAGGCCAUAGGAGGCCGAGGACCGGGUGCGCAGGGGGUCUUGGAGAAGCUACGAGAGGCUAACUUCAAGAUCAACGCGAAAAAGUGCGAGUGGGCCAAGACACAAGUCUUGUACUCGGCCCACGUAUUAGACGGAGAUGGCAUUAGGCCAGAGGACAGUAAGAUAGCGGCGAUUAGAGAUUGGCCGACGCCCCGCACAUUGACAGAGUUGUGGUCGUUCCUAGGCCUAGCUCACUACUACAGGAAGUUCGUGAGGAACUUCUCUACUAUCGCCGCUCUCUUGCGCAGGUUGCUAAAGAAAGAGGCAAUCUGGCAAUGGGACAAAGACUGUGCGUCUGCGCUCAAGAAGCUAAAGCGCGCGUUAAUAGAGUACCCUGUCCUCAAAGUAGCAGAUCCGUCCUUGCCAUUUGUCGUCACCACGGACGCGAGUCAAUAUGGGAUAUGCGUCGUGUUGCAGCAAGAUGACGGCAAUGGUUAUAGACCCGUAGAGUUCAUGUCGGCGAGGAUGCCCUGUGAGAAGGUCGCUACCUCCACGUACGAGAGAGAACUCUACGCUCUUAGGCAGGCUUUAGACCAUUGGAAGCACUACCUGCUUGGGAGGCACUUCAAAGUGUAUUCCGACCAUGGAACGCUUAGAUGGUUAAAGACUCAGGCCAAAAUGACACCUAAGCUAACUAGGUGGGCCGCAAAGAUAGACCAAUAUGACUUUGAGCUUAAGUCAGUGAAGGGCAAGUACAACGUAGUUGCGGAUGCUCUGAGUAGRAGAUCAKACUACUUUGGAGCCGUAGUACAYUAUCUGGAUAUAGGGAGAGACCUGCAGGAGAAAGUGAAGCAAGCGUAUGCACAGGACCCUAUCUAUAGCGACCUCCUAAAGAGAGUUAGGGAGGCCCCARAGACUGAACCAGAUUACCGCACUACARAUGGGUUGUUGUUUGAGAAGACUAAUGUGUUUGACCGCCUGUGCAUCCCCAACAACGAAGAGAUCCGCAGUUUGAUCUUAGGGGAAUGCCACGAUACUCAGGGACAUUUCGGUUCACAAAAGACUCUAGCCAACCUGAUGCGUGCGUAUACCUGGCCAGGGAUGAAGAAUGACUGCAUAGAGUAUGUCUGCAGUUGCAAAGUAUGCCAGCGUAAUAAGACUACCACACGCGCACCCCUUGGUCUUCUCAGACCCUUGCCUAUUCCGGAUCAGCCGAGAGACUCAGUGUCCAUAGACUUUAUGGACACCCAAGUCAAGAGUAGACAUGGCAAAAGUCAAGUCAUGGUCAUAGUUGACCGGUUUAGUAAGUACGCAGUUUUUGUUCCUUUGCCCUCAGAGGCAUGUACAGACUUAGUGAUACAGAAGUUCUUUGACUUUUGGGUUAGUGAGAAUGGAAUCCCAUUGUCAAUACUCAGCGAUAGAGAUAGUCGCUUUACCAGCCAGAACUGGCAAGAACUUGUGAGAGUGUACAGAUCCAAGUUGUUAAUGUCAUCUGGUCGUCAUCCAGAGACCAACGGCCAGACAGAACAGAUGAACAAGAUCCUACAGCAAGUUAUGCGCAUGUACAUUAGACCAGACCAGAUCAACUGGGAUGAGAUGUUGCCUAAGGUAGUUAGUGCCUACAACAAAAGUGUACAUCUAUCCACCUGCCGCACUCCCAAUGAGAUGCACAAGUCCUUUAGACCGCGCAGACCGUUUGAAGGACUGAAUCGGGAUCAGAUUCACAGACUACCGCCCGAUACCAGGGAGUUUGCAAUACAGCACGAGAAGGAAUUAGCCACUGUUGUUGACAACCUACGGAAGGCCCAACAUAGGAUGAUAGAGCAGGCUAAUAAGCACCGUCGCCCAUCACAGUUCCAAGUAGGCGACUUAGUCUGGGUCAAGGCAAAGGAGUUUGCGCCUGAAGAAAACAUCUCGCAGAAGUUACUGCCUGCAUAUAGAGGACCGUGGCCAGUUCUAGAAGUCAAGGGCGGAGAGGAUUGACCGUCAUACACUAUAUUGAUCCCAGUA